UAAAGGAUUGAUUGUAGAACGCAUCUACAGUUUAAUAGUUCACAGUUUGUCAGUUUACGAAUGGUUUACAAGAGGUUCCGGCUGAUACAAUAUCGACGUGACUUCAAAGUAUAAUACGUAUAUAGCUUGGAGUUGAGUGGAAUAGUGUAUAAUUUGCAUUAUUAAAAUGUCAGAAGGAAGAUUACCAAAACCUCAACUUCGUAAUCUUCAUGUGUCAAAAGUUAAGAAAAGUUUAGGGAUAGUGACAGUACUUUGUGCUACUGUUGGUAUAACAUGGAAAAUGCUUGUUUCUGAUGUAUAUGAACGGAAAGUUGAAGAAUUUUACAAAACAUAUGAUCCAAUGAAAUCAUUGCAAAGAAUGAACGAAGCUGGACUUAUGGAAUCUUAUAAUCCAUAAUUAUAAUACAAAUAUAUAUAAUGCAGACUAAUAAAAUAGUAAUGGGAUUAAUAAAAUCUUAUUUAAGAAAUUA